AAAACACACAGACGCACACUCGGCCGUGCACGCGCCCGCUCGCUCCCGCAGAGGCACACGCUCAACCCUUCUGUCUGCUGCCCGCCCGGCCCGCUGUCUCUAUUGUUUCAAGCGGCUGAGGGCCUAGGCGAGUGGCCGGCGCUGGGGACUGAAAGCCGUAAGCAGCCCGACAUGGUAGCGCGUGCGGAGACGAUAGCGGUCACCACGGUGAUGCGGGGAAGCUGCCAUUUCGGAAUUGGACACAAUAAAUAAGCCCACAGUAACUUAGAAAUCGUGUGCGGACGCCGUCACAGAGGCGACGCGUUUCCCUUUUACUUCUCAACAGCAGAGCUUGACAUGGAGACUCCAGCACCUGAGCAGGCUGAUGGUUUACAUCUCCAACAAGACAUUUCCCAUGGCCUCCCGUCAGCCUUUGAACUUUCCAGAAAGCUCCGAGACGCACCUUGUAAUGGAAGCGCACUCGAUGCCCUUCACAUGCCCUUCAAUAAACCCAACUGGUAUGGCAUCAACUCGGGUAACAAGGCCGUCUUCCAGGACCCUGCCCCGCAGAAUGACCAGGUCCAGCCGGAUGAUGCCUUUUCUAAUACAACGGUCACCCUUUCUUACGUGAACCGCUCUCAUAUUUUUUCUCCUCAUCAGUCCAUAGGACAGCUUUCUCCUCUGUGUGCGCCAACGGUCAAUGGGAAACUACAUGCUGCUCCUUAUGAGCCUAACAUGCCCGUUUCACCCCAGUAUGAAGUGCCUGGUAGAGAUCAGUGGGACACAAACAGAGGUAUUUGGAAGGACGUGAGUGCUUAUGAGUCGGUGCCAAGCUCGAGCCAGCCUGGCCUUGCGUUAGCCGAGUCCAGUGUGCCGACCACUUGCCAGAAGGAAAGUGACAGGGCUUUACAUCGUUUAGAGGAGUCCGUCUGUCAGAAUGGAACUGCAUCUGCAACACUGUGUGAUCACGCAGGCCUUCAGCAGAACAAUGGACACAAUCAUUGUGAAAACAACUCUCCUCUUGACGAGGACGAGGGGGACCACAUGCAGAAUGGGGCGGGUGAUUCAGUUGCCGAGCCGUGGCUCGAUAAAGCGACGCUGAACGAAACUGCCAGUGCACCGGCAAGUGUCGGCUCGAGUAACCCACAUGGCUCUUUAGAUGCAGAAGACCUUGGAGACGGGGAGAACAUUUCAAGCCUUAACGACGUUGAAAGCCCAGUAAAUGGGGAAUACGGCACUCUAAUAGCAAAAGAGUUUCCCGUGCCCACUACCUCAGAUGAUGAAAAUGGAAUCAGUUCAGGUUUUACUCGCACACUAAAUUCUUUGUCGCCUAAGGAUGAGUUUGAUGAUGUGGAGGCCGGAGCAGCUUCCACCCAUGAGACUGAACCACACAUCGAAGAACAAGGCAAUAUUCCUGUGGCAGAAUCCUGUUCACCAGUUUUAGGCGAUGGGGCUCGUCCACUGGAAGUCGCCGGCAGCGACCUUUCCGUCAAAGACAUUGAUAAGUGUGAUCACGCCAGUGUGUCAUCACCGAUGGCGGAUUCACCGGUUGCUGCCUCUGACCAAACCGAUCUCCUCAAUGGCUUGCCACAAGAAAGUAUAGCUACUGAUGGACAGAGCAGUGCAUCUCAGGACCAUGAGGCAAAGAAUUGUGGAAGUUUCACUCUCAAUGGCAAAGGCCGUUCACAAGAGAGAGCAUUAGAACGGAAAAUCCUUCCUCCCCGCCCUAGAAGGGGCAUGCGACUAGAAGAAAUAGUGCAGAAUAUCACUCCAUCUCGACACAAAGCCUGCAGCGUCGGCAGUUCAUCCAGUAACAAAGGCAAGAUUUCGGAGCCACAGAUCCCAGCUAGAUGUCCUGAGAGUGAGAUGACGUUUUCAGUUCAAGAACUCCCUUCAUUUGAUGCAGCAGUCUGCAGAGAGGAGAGGCCACCUGAGAACCCGAGUAGUAGCUCAGAGUCGGAAGUUCUCGCCGAGGCCAGACUAUUAAGAAGCAAACCUCAUAACUCGGACGAAAACGACCCUAAACCGUUCAGAGGUACUGUCAUCUCCAAACCAAUAGUUAGUACACUGAAAGGCUUUAGGCAGAAAAGAGCUGUCUGCUUCCGGGUUCAUCCGUCAGCACCUGAACCGGUAAAGAAGGUUCUUAGGUCACCUUGUGAACCUGAACCCAUAAAGAAGGUUCUUAGGUCACCUUGUGAACCUGAACCAGUACCAGUAAAGAAGGUUCUUCGGUCAACCUGCGAACCUGAACCGGUAAAGAAGGUUCUUCGGUCGACCUGUGAACCUGAACCGGUAAAGAAGAUUCUUAGGUCGACGGCACAGCCCAAGCCGUGCACCCAAAGUGCUAUAUCGCAGCAGAAAAAUGUGUCACACCAAGCAGUGCCUGUUGGUCCAAAAAAGCCUGGACAAAAGACGCGCAAGAGGAAGAAGUUCCAAACUGGGCAGUCAGCAGUGUUUGUUUCCAAAGAGCCAGAAAUCAAGUUGAAGUACGUGAAUUACAAAGAGGAGAAAAGAGACAACAGGGUGGACACGUUUGUACCUUACGUGAGGGUGGAAAUGAACAAAUACUCGACUUGCACUGUUAUCAACUAUCCAGAGGAAGAGAAGACAAAACUGAAAAAGGGAAAAUCGACUUUCUCCGGCUGCCAGGCUUACAGCUCUGGGCAGGUCCCCACCACCUCAUGCUUAGUGUUGGGCCGUCUGAGCACCGAAUCACGGAGAAGAAGCCAUCUGACAUGUUGUCUUUGUAGAAGAUCGGCCAAUGCCAAGGACCUGGGAGACUUGCAUGGGCCGUACUACCCUGACGGCUCUAAACCGUCAGCAAAAACCUGUCACGAUGUACGGACUUUAAAAGACGACCUCGGUGUCGACGAUUCGGAUUCCCCUUUCACUGUCAGAGGACGAAGGCAACACCAAGCGGCUGCUGCUGCUGCCACCACCGCCGAGCCUCUCGGCAGGUCAACAAGACAUGGCCAGUCGGCCACGAUGGAGGCAGCACUGCCAGGCCUGAGGUGCAGGAGGAGCAGCGAGAGAGACUGCAAGAAGGGGAGUCCUGCUGCUAAAAAACCAAAGAGUGACUCAAGUUCAGAUGACUGGUUUGGUCCACCACUGGUUCCGCUGGAUGACUGCGAGUACUGGGUCCAUGAAGACUGUGCCAUAUGGUGUGCUGGGGUGUACCUGGUUAAAGGAAAACUCUAUGGGCUGGAAGAGGCGACGAAGCUGGCACAAGAGACGGUUUGCACUUCAUGCCACAAGUCUGGUGCCACAAUAGGCUGCUACUUCAAGGGGUGUCCUAACAAAUAUCACUAUACGUGUGCGUUCCUGUCAGACUGCGCUCUUGAUGAAGACAACUUCUCCAUGAGAUGUGCCAAACACAAGAGCAAAAUGUCAAAAGGACCCGGGACUCUGGACAGAGGAAAGAACAGGUGACAGAAGAACAAGCAAGUCAACUAUGCAAGGUGAGGACCCCCGUGCACCUGAGAAUGAUUGUGUGAGGCAGCGGCACACGUGCUGUGGGGUACAUCUGGCAGGGCCCUGCCUACGGACCUCCCGUCUUUCCUUUUGUUUUACGGCUGGUCGCCUUUUUGGAGUCGAUUUGAGCCUUAAGAGACCCCUCUACUUAGCGCUCACAAUGGGGGGAGGGGGGUGGGGGGUGGUUUUGUCUCUUUAGAGCCCCUCAACUGGCAAGCUGCCUUAAUGCUGGAGCGCCAUGUUAACGGCAGUGUUUUAAAUCGCACUUAGUAUUCUUAUGAAGUGGUAACGACCCCAAAGCGAGACCCUCUGGACAAAUGAACUUUCAUGGCGUUUAAGAGAUUUAUGGACCCCCGAUGAGUGAGAUGAGCCCAGCCUGAACUCAAGCGACUUUGGGGUGCCCGGUGUCUCCGGUGACCCCCCGUCUGGGCCUUUCAUGAAAGUUAAGGGGGCUUGUUUUUUUUGGUUUUUUUUUUUUUUUUAACUUUUGUAAUUUCCGCCGCCCUUUAGUAACGGACGAUGUUACGUAUUUUAUAAUUUAUUGCUACUUUCUUAUAUUUCACAACACUUUUGUAUAAAUGCCAUUAGGGUAAUGCAGGGAAAAAAAAGAAAUGUACUGGCAGUUCGCAAUCUUUUGUUCUUUUGUUUGUUUGUUUGUUUGUUUGUUUUCUCUUUAGUUGAGCUUUUGGGUAGAAAAUUGUGAAGUGUGUGUAGACGGUGUGUGUGCUUUUAACCAAAAAUUCAAACUUCUGGUUUUGCUGUAAAUGUGUUUAGAUGUCAUCCACGUGCCGCUCCGGACGUCCUAAAUAUCAAAUGUGCAGUCACAAGUGCAUGUUGGGAAAAGGCCUUUUGCAUUAUGGGUAACAGUAAUCACACUUGUACAUUUUUCUGGAAAAAUUGCCAUUGCAUUGUGGGUAAUAAAUCUUCUUUGAAAACC